CAAGAUUACUUAAAAGCCUUUGACUGGUAUCUCAAGGCCGCCAACCAAGGGCAUGCCAGGGCUCAGUCCAAUUUAGGCUACAUGUACCUUAAGGGCAAAGGUGUUCCAUACGACUACUCAACAGCCUUUAGCUGGUUCCUCAAGGCUGCCAACCAAGAAGACACUGGUGCGCAGAAUAAUCUAGGCGUGAUGUACGAAGAUGGCAAGGGAGUCGCACAGGACUACUCAAAAGCCUAUGACUGGUAUCUCAAAGCUGCUAACCAAGGAGUCGCUACUGCGCAGUAUAAUCUAGGCGACAUGUACAAAAAUGGCAAUGGAGUCUCACAAGACCACACAAAUGCUUUUGACUGGUAUCUCAAAGCUGCUAACCAAGGAGACGCUGAUGCGCAGCGUAAUGUUGCCUCAAUGUAUCAAGAGGGCAUAGGAGUCUUUAAGAAUGAUACUGAAGCAGAACGGUGGUAUCAAAAAGCUGCAGAUCAAGAUGGAUGA